AUGGGCAGGAGCGCGGGGCCCCGCGUCCUGCUGACCUUGGCCUGCGCAUUUUCCUCUUGCUGUGCUGAAGUGACCCAGGGUGUCAAAACGUCUUCACUAACCACAUCCUUCAAACAGACAGAUACUUCUGCUCAGCCCCCUUCCCUUUAUCGUUCUUCAACCCAUGGAGACACCACGUUUCAUGUUAGCAGCACGAGCUCUCUUAAAACGACACCCAUCAGCCGCAGAACAACUGUGCAGGCAGCAAGUGAGUCUCCGGUUACAGCGCAACCGCCUCAGACAACAGCCCAGGCGGCGGCAACCACCAUGUGUGUGAGGGAGCAGGCAGCUCCAGCGGGGUUCGCCACCACCGGGGCCGGGGACACAGCGGCAGCCAGUCCCUCUUCAAACGGUGCAGGUGGGACAGAAGCACCCGCAGCGACCAACAGGACCGUACACCUUCUGUGCACAACCACCCGAGCCGUGACAAAUGAGAGCUCAGCAACUGCUGGGGUAGCUGCAAACACAACCGGAGCGCCUAUGCAGACAAAGAACCAAACAGCCAUUGUCAUUACUACUACAACCACCAAAAAGACAACGGUAAAGACCACCCAAGGGACAACUAAUCAAACGACAGCUCCCCAAACUGCAACAACCACAGCCGUGGCCACCACGACAACUGUUCGCCCAAGGAACCAAACAACCAUCCCGUCUACUACAACGACAGUGAGACCCACUCCUGCUCCCCAGCCCUCUGCCAUCCCCACGGGCACCUACGCUGUUCGCAAUGGAAGCACGACCUGCAUCAGAGCAGUGAUGGGUUUGCAGCUGAUGGCUCAAAAUAUCCAGAAGAAACGGCUGGAGUAUGUGAACAUCAAUCCCAACAAGACACAAACAUCUGGAAGCUGUGGGACGCGGCAGUCUGCUCUGAACAUAACUUUCAGUGGCGGCUUUAUAAACUUUGUCUUUGUAAAGAAAGCGCGAACAUACUACGUCAGUGUAAUUGAGGCCAGCUUACAGUCUGAAGGCAUGCUCUACUAUGCAACCAUACAAGAGCAGAUGUUUACAACAAAGCUGGGGAAUUCCUUUAAAUGUGCCAGCAAGCAAGUGUUCACCUUGGAGAAGAACUUCCAGCUGCUCACUGUGAACAUGCAGCUGCAGGCCUUCGGUAUUGUCGGGAACCAGUUUGGAAAAGAGGAAGAAUGUUAUCUUGAUAGAAACAGCAAAGCAGUUCCCAUCGCAGUAGGCCUGAGUAUCCUGGGAUUAUUUGUCAUUGUGCUCGUCACAUUUGUGAUUUCCAGAAGAAAGCCUAAUAGAGGAUAUGAACGCAUCUGAGUUGCCUUUGUACUUCCAAAUGUGCAUUGCAAGUAGAGAAGUUGCAGGAGUUUUUGCAUUUACCUACUAAUCUCACCGCCC